AGGGGCGGGGAGGCCGGCGGGCGGCCGCGCUCGGGUCCGCCUCCGACUGCGGCGCGGCGGGGCGAUGUGAGUGCCAUGGCGAGGAGUCUCUGCGCGGGGGCCUGGCUGAGGAAACCCCAUUACCUCCAGGCUCGGUUGUCCUACAUGCGGGUGAAGUAUCUUUUCUUUUCCUGGCUGGUGGUUUUUGUCGGAAGCUGGAUCAUAUAUGUGCAGUAUUCAACCUAUACAGAGCUAUGCAGAGGGAAGGACUGUAAGAAAAUCAUAUGUGACAAAUACAAGACCGGAGUUAUUGACGGACCUGCAUGCAACAGCCUCUGUGUCACAGAAACACUGUACUUUGGAAAAUGUCUGUCCAACAAGCCCAGCAACCAGAUGUAUUUAGGAGUUUGGGAUAAUCUACCAGGUGUUGUGAAGUGUCAAAUGGAACAAGCUCUUCAUCUUGAUUUUGGAACUGAAUUGGAGCCAAGAAAAGAAAUAGUGCUAUUUGAUAAACCAACCAGGGGAACUACUGUACAGAAAUUCAAAGAAAUGGUGUACAGUCUCUUUAAGGCAAAAUUAGGUGACCAAGGGAACCUCUCUGAAUUGGUUAAUCUCAUCUUGACAGUGGCUGACGGAGACAGAGAUGGCCAGGUCUCCCUAGGAGAAGCCAAGUCAGCAUGGGCACUUCUUCAGUUGAAUGAGUUUCUCCUGAUGGUGAUACUUCAAGAUAAAGAACACACCCCCAAACUAAUGGGAUUCUGUGGUGAUCUCUACGUGAUGGAAAGUGUUGAAUAUACCUCUCUGUAUGGAAUAAGUCUACCAUGGGUUAUGGAACUUUUUAUUCCAUCUGGGUUCAGAAGGAGCAUGGAUCAAUUGUUCACACCAUCAUGGCCCAGAAAGGCAAAGAUAGCCAUAGGACUUCUAGAAUUUGUAGAGGAUGUUUUCCAUGGCCCCUAUGGAAACUUUCUCAUGUGUGACACCAGUGCCAAAAACCUAGGAUAUAAUGAGAAGUAUGACUUGAAAAUGGUGGAUAUGAGAAAAAUUGUGCCAGAGACAAACCUAAAGGAACUUAUUAAGGACCGCCACUGUGAGUCUGACCUGGACUGUGUCUACGGUACAGACUGUAGAACUAGCUGUGACCUGAGUACAAUGAAGUGCACUUCUGAAGUAAUACAACCAAACUUGGCAAAAGCCUGUCAGUUACUCAAAGACUACCUACUGCACGGUGCUCCCAGUGAAAUUCGGGAAGAAUUAGAAAAACAGCUUUAUUCUUGUAUUGCUCUCAAAGUCACAGCAAAUCAAAUGGAAAUGGAACAUUCUUUGAUAUUAAAUAACCUAAAAACGUUAUUGUGGAAGAAAAUUUCCUACACAAAUGACUCUUAGUUCAUUUGGACUACUGCCAUCAUUGAGAAUCUACUUAUGAUUUUGAGCAUUUAAAGAGUGGCUUCUGCCCCCCAGGCCUGUGGAGUCAUCAUCUUAAAUGCAUGUUGUAACAAUAAUGGCAGGUGUAGGGCCAAGAUGUCCAAAACUCAUCCCUGCCCUUUUACAAGUCCACAAGUAUAUUCACUGUUAACUAUCUUGACUUUAAAAAAAAAAAAUUAAUGCUGUGAAAAUCCUCAUUCCAUAAACAGUGAGUGUUCUGUAGAUGUUAGCCAGUCCCAUUGCCGGACAUUGUUUGCAUUGAAGCUGCUGUUUAAACAAGGAAAUUUAUACAUGAAUUUACUAAUGUUUUAGCAUGGUAAAACUUUGCACAUUAACACAAAUUAAGAAUGCCACACAGGUAAAUUCAAAUGACUCAUUUAUUAAAAAGUUCAGUUAAUAUAGCAUGAUUUACUGUGUACUUACACACUUUAACUUCAGAUGGAGUCAACUGUGGAAUGGCUUUUAGCUUCGGCAUAUAUUCUACAUGCUGAAGUUAGCAUGCAGUUAUCACUGUGACUGAAACUCAUUAUCUUUAAGCUCUGAUAGGUUCAUCUUAGUAUCGUCACAUUAUCUUUGCUGGGGAUGUAGGUAAGCAGUUAACUGUUUACCUGACCUGUGUAGCCCCAGUACCACAGAGCCUGACACUGUGAGGCAAGGCAAAGAUGAUAAAGAUGCACAGCACCUCAGCUAAGACUGGAUUAAGUCAGGAAGACAAUUCUUGCUCCUUCUGGGAUGAAGGGCUAUUUACUAAGAGGCAUAAGCACCUAAUGCUUUCCCAAGUGAACCUGAUAUUCAAGGUUUAAUAUUUGACCCUUUCAAGUUAUUUUCCUAUGUACAUUCAUGUCUGGCAUGUACCAUAAAAAUGAAACGUCCUAGACACCCCCUUCUCCUCAAACCAAAUUUCACCGUUGUUCUCAAAUCUUUAAAGCCAUGGAUUAGCACCAGUUGUUCACUUCCAAGAUUGACCUUGAGAUACUUUCUUCCCACUAAUCAAUUUGUUUGUAAUAAAUGUCCUGAUGAUCAUGCUAAUUACCAGAUCUGAAAAUCUGAAAGAUAAGGACACCUCCCAGGAAGACUAGAAACCCAAGAAACACUCAUGAGAUUUGCAGGAACCCAUGUAAGCUGGUUUUUCCUGGAGAAAGACUCUCAGCUAGGCAUGGUAAUACUUGCCCUUAAUCCCACCAGUGGUAGGUUAUGGUGCAACACAAAAGGUAAAAUUAAUUUAAUUAAUUAAAUAACUAUCUACUUCUUUGCUUUUGUAAUUUCACACUAUUUCCUAUAGUCUCAUUAAUAACAGCUUAACACAGAAAAAGCUGCUUGAUC